AUGGAGACCACAGGUGGUUGGAGUUAUGAGCCAGGCAAUCUCACUAUCUACAUGGUCAACCUAAACAGCUCCAACUCAAGCUCCCAAUUCACCGGCGUUCAACUCAUCCAGUCAUAUAAACCUCUUAUAAUACCAUGCUACACCUUGGUGGUGCUGAUUGGCAUCUUUGGAAACUACCUGCUUCUGUAUGUCAUCUGCAGGACCAAGAAGAUGCAUAAUGUCACAAACUUCUUUAUUGGAAACCUGGCAUUCUCUGAUAUGCUGAUGUGUGCCACUUGUGUACCCUUCACUUUGGCAUAUGCUUUUAACCCGCAGGGAUGGGUCUUUGGAAAAUUUAUGUGUUACUUUGUGUUCCUGAUGCAGCCAGUAACUGUCUAUGUAUCAGUUUUCACCUUAACGGCCAUUGCUGUGGACAGAUACUAUGCAACAGUCCACCCUUUGAAGAAAAGGAUAUCUGUUACUACUUGCGUCUAUGUCUUGGGAGGGAUCUGGCUUCUUUCCUGUGCCUUGGUUGGACCAGCUAUUGCACAUACCUAUCACAUAGAGUUCCAGCAGGAAGGAUUUACAAUUUGUGAAGAAUUUUGGGUGGGUAAAGAGACAGAGAGACUGGCCUAUGCGUACAGCACCCUGAUAAUUACCUACAUCCUCCCCUUAUCAGCUGUAUCCUUGUCCUAUAUCUGCAUUUCUGUCAAGCUGAAGAACAGAGUCGUUCCUGGUCACCCCACGCAGAGCCAAGCUGAGACUGACAGGUUGCGCAAGCGAAAGAUAUUUAGACUUAUUGUCCUGGUGGUGACAGCUUUUGGGAUCUGCUGGCUUCCCAUUCACGUUUUCAACAUCAUCAGGGACAUUGACAUCAACCUCAUCAACAAGCACUACUUCCUCCUUAUUCAGCUUCUGUGCCACUGGUUUGCCAUGAGUUCCUCUUGCUGCAACCCUUUCCUGUAUGCUUGGCUACAUGACCGAUUCCGCAGUGAGUUGAAGAAGAUGUUCACGUUUAAGCGUAAAAUCAUUCCCACUAACAACUGCGUGGCUGUCAGCGUGAUGCUUUGA